AUGUAUAUCAAAGUCCUUAGUGCUUCAAGAACAUCAGCACUGUUACGUUCCAUGGAGAUGGGUAAGCAUAUAAUGGGCGACUUCAAUGAUUCCCUCAUAAAUCGCCUCUGGGAGCCGCUGUGGAGCAGUAAAAUCUUGAUGGGUCCUGUGAAACGUCAAAUGCAAAUACUGUACGAGGGACUCAGAUUCUUGAGAAGCAUUCUAAGGGACCUGCCGGAGAAUGUCCUGGAUGAGCUCAAUCCAAACAUCGGAGAUGUGAUGAGUUGUGCAGGAAUUAUAAUCUGCGCCCUUUUUGCGAGCGAAGCUGAACAAAUUCCUUAUCCUCUUGAUGGCUACAUUAUGUUGGGUGAUACCAACAACGAAAUCAAGCGUAUUAAGGACGAGACUGGCAGAUGGAGCACGACAGCGAGUCUUCCUUCUGAUAAUUGCUUGGCAGGGCAAGAAGUUUGCAACUCUUUCAGUAGUCCUAUGUCAUCAACAGGUAUGCGCCUGCUUCCUCCUAGUCCUAGGAUACCAGAAGUUCAUGAAGUUGUGAUUGGUUUUGAUGAUGAGGCACAAACAAUAAUUGGUCGACUUAUUACCAGUGAAUCAAGCCAGUUGGAAAUUGUUCCAAUUGUGGGAAUGCCUGGAUUGGGUAAGACGACUUUAGCCAAAAAAGUAUAUGGUGAUGCUGAAAUUGAGGGCCACUUUCACCUUCGUCUUUGGUGUACUGUUUCGCACGAAUACAACCAAAAAAGAUUGCUACUUGAGCUUUUGUGUUGUAACAGUGAAUACACUCAAGAACAGCUCCGAGAGAAGGAUGAGCAUGACUUGCUUACAAUGCUCUAUCAAAUGUUGAAGGGAAAAAAGUAUCUCCUUGUACUUGAUGAUGUUUGGGACAGCGGGCUAUGGAAUGACUUGAAUCUUGCCUUCCAGGAUGCUCCAAAGGGAAGUAAAAUUCUCAUCACAAGUCGAUUUUCUAACAUUACUGCACGUGUUAACCUGGGUGAACCUCACUAUCUUCGCUUGCUCACUGAGGAACAAAGUUGGCAGUUAUUGCAGAAGAAGGUGUUUGGAGAAGAAGAAUGUCCUCAAUCAGUACACGGAGCUGGUAUAGAAAUAGCAAGAUUCUGCGGGGGAUUACCUCUAACAGUUGUUAUCAUAGCUGGAUUUCUAGCAACUUUAGAACGUGACAGUUGGAUUUGGGAAGAAUUUGCAAGAAGAAUAACUUUGACCAUGGUGUGUGGCACAGACCCAUGCAAGGCGUCACUGGAGCUCAGUUAUGAAAAUUUGCCUCCUCGUUUGAAGGCUUGUUUUCUUUACUUUGCAGCAUUUCGAGAAGCAGAGAAAAUAGGCACUAAGAAUUUGGUGUGCCUAUGGAUUGCAGAAGGGCUUGUGGAAAGAAUCCAAGGCAGGAGAAUGGAGGACGUUGCAGGGGAGUACCUGAUGAGCCUUAUCGGCCGAAACUUAGUCACGGUAAGCGAAUGUAGAUCCAUUGGUGGAGUGAAAUCUUGUUGUCUUCAUGAUUUAUUACUUGAGUUUUGUAAGGCCAGAGCGAAAGAAGAGAAUUUUCUUCAUGCAUUUCGAGGAUACGGCGAGCUCUCAACUUUUAAUGAGCCUGCGGACAUAACUCGGGUGUCCAUUUGCACCACUGGAGAAGAUUUUUCAAAUUCCAGGCUGUUUUGUCCACGUUCAAGGAGUCUCCUAUUCUUUUAUCAGACUGCAGCAGAGGAUUUUCCAUUGGUUGAUAGCUCCUUCCUUUUUUGCAUUUAUAAACAUCUUAUAGUAUUGAAUUUGGAGCAUAUUGCCCUGAUGCAAAAGGAGUUUCCAAGUGGAGUUGAAUCACUUCUUGAAUUGAGGUACUUGGCCCUCAGAUCUAACAGCAUGGAGUUCAUUCCACAAUCUAUAGCCAACCUCUCAAAUUUGGAAACUUUUCGUCUCAAAUCUCAUGAAACCGUUUCAUUGCCAGAUACUAUCUGGAACAUGAAAAAGUUGAGGGUUCUGUGCGUAUGGAUUUUUGCUUGUCCCUUGUUGAAUGACGACGUCCUUAAAAGCUCCUCCACUUUACCUAAUUUAGACUUUCUUUCCACUCUGAUUCUUCCUUUAAGUCAAGCAGGAGAAAACAUUAUUAGGAAGAUUCCGCACGUCCGCCGACUGAAAAUUUUGGUCUCAGAUAAUGAAGGAGCAUGGGAAGCUACUGGCAGCUGCAACUUGAGUCAACUGGAAAGUCUAGAAUCACUCACAGUGAUGGGUGGUUUCAUGCUUCCAGGGGAUCAUAAUAUCGAGUAUUUUUUUCCCUCAGCUCUCAAAAAAUUGUCCCUUAGUGAAUUGGGACUGCCCUGGAGUAAAAUUUCAUUGAUUGAACAACUUCCCAAUCUUGAGGUCCUCAAACUACUCGUUUGUUCAUUCCGGGGAGAUACAUGGGAGCUGGCCGAAGGAGGAUUCCCAAAACUUAAGGUCUUAACAUUGUCUCAAGUAGACGUUGUGAUGUGGACAGAAGCAGACCCUGACAGUGAUGAUCAUUUUCCAUGUCUUGAGCGGUUAAACCUGGAAGGAAAUUUAAGAUUGGAAAAGGUCCCUUCUUGCUUAGGGAGUUUAUCCACCCUUAAAAUGGUCAAGGUGCGCUUUUGGGGGGAGGAGAGCAACUACGACAACGCUGUUGACAACUACUCAGUUGUCAAUUUAGUUCGGGGAAUUGAAAAAGAGCAGAUUAACAACGGAAUUGAGAAUCUGAAGAUCCUCAUCCGUUAUGUCCUGCCAAGAUAUUGA